AUGAAUAACAUCGAUGAGUUUGAACGUCACAUUGAUGUUUUGAACGAAGUCUUAAAUAGUGACAUUGACAGUGAUGCGAAUGAGGAUGAAUUGUAUGAACAACGAAUAGAAGUGAGAAGGAGAAUGGUUCCAUUUUAUCGUCAACGUGCUGACAUUUUUGAUCUAUUUGACGAUAAUCAAAUUUACAAAGUAUUUAGAUUCGAUAAAGCUUCUAUUUGGUAUAUCGAAGGACUCAUUUCCGACAAAUUGGGCCGCAAGUUGUUUGGUCAAAGAUGUUUGUUACCUAUUGAACAAAUACUUGUAUCACUUCAAUUUUAUGCCAAUGGAACAUUCCAAUCAACUGUUGGAAAUGUGUUGAAGAUAAGUCAGUCAUCGGUCUCAAGAUGUGUGAGAGAUGUUUCUAAAGCUUUGUGUGACAUAGCUUCCGAUCACAUAUUCUUUCCUGACAAUCUCUUAGAGAUUCAACUAGGCUUUACUGACAUAGCAAAUCUUAGAGGUGUAGUAGGGAGUGUCGAUGGCACUCACAUAAGAAUUGCUAGGCCCCAUCUCAAUGAAGAGAUCUAUGUCAACCGAAAAGGUUACCACUCAAUCAAUGUGCAAGGGAUUUGUGAUGCAGAGUGCAAUUUUUUAAGUGUAAGUGCCUCAAAGCCAGGCAGUAGUCACGAUGCAAAUGUGUUUGCAGAUAGUGCGAUUGGCCAGGCUUUCAAGAACAACGAGUUUGGCCAAUCUUAUCUCUUAGGCGAUAGUGGCUAUGCUUGUACUCCGUUUCUCCUUACGCCAUACUCUCAACCCCAAGGAAGAGCUGAGGUAUAUAGGUUUCUCAGCUUUGUUUGA